AUGACGGAAAUGUUUCAUUUUCUUCUCUGUGCAUCACGAAUCAUACUGAAAUCACUGUAUUCUUCAUCGAUUACUUUAUUUUGGUUAUAUUUGAUUAGUUGUCUAUUACCAUUUGUCAAAACAUUAAUUAUAACAAAGAAUGCGUGUGAAUUAACUUCUUUACCAAAAGAAUGUCAAUGUCAAAAACUUCGAAAUAGUAUGUUUAUACAAGAAAAUGAUAAUGAUAAAUUAAAUGAAACACGUAUGAAAUGUAAAACAUUAACAAAUGUAACAUCAAACUAUAGAUGGUCAAUUGUCCAAUAUGAUCGUUUAUCAUUUGAUAGUGAUAAUUUAACAUUACAUUCCUAUACAUUUAAUAAUUUAAAAGUUCGUAGUUUACGUUUUAAUACUCAAUAUUUACGUAUAUCAGAUCAUGUAUUUACAAAUGCAGUAAUAGGUCAAUUAGCAUUUUCAAGAUUUAAUACAUAUGGUCAAAUUAUAUUUAGUAAUUCAACAUCAUUUCGUGGAUCAACAACAACAAAUAUUUAUUUUAAACAAAUUGAUUUUAUUCAACGUAUACCAGAAACAUGUUUUGCAGGUGCAAAAUUUCAAAUAUUAUUAAUUCAAUCAAGUAAAUUUUAUGGUUUUAUAAAUAAUUUACAACGACAACACUAUCUAUCAACAACAACAACAACAACAAAAUCAACAACACCUUCACUAACAACAAAAGGAAUUAAUCCAUCAUUAUCUGAUGAUGAACAACAAAUGAUGUUUAAUACAACAAUUGCAGAUAUUUCUUACAUUCCAAAUAUAAAUUCAUCAGAAAUAAAACAAGUAAAAAUAAAUUCCAAACGAGAUCUUUUAGGUAAUGAUAUAAUAGAUGAAAAUGUGAAUAUAAAUAAUAUAAUUCCAUUACCAGAAAAAACAGUUAUUAUUAAUAUAACUGUAUUAGAUUUACAAUUAACAUUAGAUGUUUAUAGAAUAAUUCAAAGUAUUCAUAGUUCAUUAACAUUUGAAUAUUUUCCAACAAAUAUUGAUUAUAAAUAUACAACUGAAAUUGAAUUACAAAAUAAUAAUAUUACAGAAUUAAAAGAUAAUUGUUUUAAACAUUUAUACUAUUUUCAUGGUCGUUUAACAUUAAUUAAUAAUCGUAUAAAAAUAAUUGGUCAACAAACAUUUGCUGAUUUAUUAUUAUUACGUAAUUUAUCAUUGGCAAAAAAUUUAAUUGAUUUUAAUAUUAAUAAUGAUAUAUCUUAUUUUUUAAAUUUAUCUAAUUUAUUUGAAUUAGAUUUAUCAUAUAAUAAUAUUCAUAUAUUAAAUAAUAAUACAUUUAAUGGUUUAAAACAUCUUCAUAUUUUACGUUUAUCCUAUAAUCCAUUAAAAUAUAUUGAAAUUAAAACAUUUUCACAUUUAAUAUUAUUAAAAGAAAUAAGUUUAGAAGGUAUACAAUUUGUAGAUUUAAUUAAAAAAAAUUUUCUAUGGAUUUAUAAUUUGGCAAGUGUACAUGUUAUCAAUCUAUUAAAUACAAACUUUGAUUUAGGUGAUGUUGCAUUUUGUAUAUUAUCAAAAUUUAAUCGUACACUAUUUCAUUUACCUCGUCAACAUCCAUGUUCAUGUGCAAUUCAUUAUUUAUAUCGUAAUCAUGAUUAUUUUAAAUAUACAAUAAUUCCUAAUCAUCCAGCAGCUAAAUAUUUAGAUGAUAAUAAUUAUUUAAGACUAACACCAACAUGUAUUCAAAAUUAUACUGAAGAAAUAUUAGGAAAAUAUUCAAAUAAUACGAGACAAACAACAAGUGAUUUAUUAUUGAAAGGUGUUGGUGAUAAAUGUGACUAUGAAUUAAUGUUUAUUAAUUGUUCAGCUCUUACUGCUACUACUACUACUAUUACCAUCACAACAACUAUUGAAUCGACUGUAACAUUUGAAACAACAAGUACAACUAUUACCCCGACCUCUUGGUGGUUUAAAUAUACGGAUAAUCCAAUCACAGAAAAACAGCGAAAACGUGAUAAUAUGAUUAAACUAUUUACCGUGUUAGCCACCAUUUUUGCUAUUACAAUUUUUGCCAUUAUUCUUGUUAUUAUAUGGUAUAGAUUAAAGGCUAUUUGGAAACGAAAUAAAAAGAAAAAAAAACAACAACGUCGUAUGAGUAAUGUCACAAGUAGUCAAUAUAAUCCAUCAGGAAGAUUUGAUGCAAUGACAGAUUCAAGAUCAAAUUCCUUUACAGCUGAUACGCUCGCGAAUAAUGAUAUGAUGAUUAUAAAUCGUAGUGGUGGUAGUGGUUUUAAAACACAAUCACAAUCAUUAAUAUCGGCCGGUGUGCCAUCACCAUCAAAAAAACAACAACAUAAUGGAACAAAUUCAUAUAAUAAUAAUAUUAUCUAUAAAAAUCAAAAUAUUAUACAAACGCCCGUUCUAUCAAAUCGUCAACUAACAUCACCACAUUCUGUACAAGUUUUUAUUGAUAAUGAAGAAUCAAAAACUAUAAAAGAUAAUAAUGAAUUACAAACACUUGAACAACAAUCUCAGCAACAAAUGGGUAAUAUAUAUUAUCGAAAUAUGAAAUAUGAUCCACAAAUUCAAUCAUCAACGUGCUGA